CUCAGAGCAAGCGCGACCGCUACAUCUUCAAUUUAGGGCAAAAACAAACCGUUUUGCCGUUUUUCACCAGAACUUCUGCCUUAGCUCAGCUGCUGCCGGACUAAAUCUGGUCUUUUAUGGUGGUUUAACCAGCCGAGACGACGCCAACGGUGUGUGAGGACACAUAAAUGUAGUCUAAUCGUUUGUUUGUCAGGUGUGACAGACGAAGCCGAGUCUCAGUGAAGACCACCGGCUACAACUUCUUUGAUUCGUCCCUGAGAUCAAGAACUUCAAACUGGCUGAGAUGGAUGAACAAAGCGUUGAGAGCAUCGCAGAGGUGUUUCGCUGUUUCAUCUGCAUGGAGAAACUGAGGGAUGCUCGUCUGUGCCCACACUGCUCCAAACUCUGCUGCUUCAGCUGCAUACGACGGUGGUUGACGGAGCAGAGAGCCCAGUGUCCACACUGUCGGGCGCCACUCCAGCUGAGGGAGCUGGUCAACUGUCGCUGGGCAGAGGAGGUCACCCAGCAGCUGGACACCCUGCAGCUCUGCAGCCUUACCAAGCACGAGGAUAACGACAAGGACAAAUGUGAGAACCACCAUGAGAAGCUGAGUGUUUUCUGUUGGACCUGUAAGAAAUGCAUCUGUCAUCAGUGCGCUCUGUGGGGAGGCAUGCAUGGUGGCCACACCUUCAAGCCUUUGGUGGAGAUCUACGAGCAGCACGUGACCAAGGUGAAGGAGGAGGUCGCAAAGCUCCGCCGACGCCUCAUGGAGCUCAUCAGUCUGGUGCAGGAAGUGGAGAGGAACGUGGAGGCUGUCAGGGGAGCGAAAGACGAGAGGGUCAGAGAGAUCCGAAACGCAGUGGAAAUGAUGAUCGCUCGUCUGGACAACCAGCUCAAGAACAAACUCAUCACCCUCAUGGGCCAGAAGACGUCCUUGACCCAGGAGACGGAGCUGCUGGAGUCUCUCCUGCAGGAGGUGGAGCAUCAGCUUCACUCCUGCAGUAAGAGUGAACUGAUCUCCAAGAGCCCAGAGAUCCUGCUCAUGUUCCAGCAGGUUCAUCGGAAACCCAUGCAGUCCUUCGUCACCACGCCGGUCCCUCCAGACUUCACCAGCGAGCUGGUUCCUGCCUAUGACUCCAGCACUUUCGUUCUGGUCAACUUCAGCACCCUGAGGCAGCGAGCUGACCCGGUCUACAGCCCUCCUCUACAGAUAUCUGGACUCUGCUGGAGACUCAAAGUUUACCCAGAUGGAAACGGUGUGGUCCGUGGAAACUACCUGUCUGUGUUCUUGGAGCUGUCUGCUGGACUCCCUGAAACAUCAAAGUAUGAGUACCGUGUUGAGAUGGUCCAUCAGGCCUCCAGUGACCCGACCAAGAACAUCAUCCGGGAGUUUGCCUCUGACUUUGAGGUUGGUGAGUGCUGGGGCUACAACCGCUUCUUCAGACUGGACCUUCUGGCCAGCGAGGGCUACCUGAACAUGCAGACCGACACACUGGUCCUCCGCUACCAGGUCCGCUCACCCACCUUCUUCCAGAAGUGCAGAGAUCAGUACUGGUACAUCAGCCAACUGGAGUCGGCCCAGAGCGGCUACAUCCAGCAGAUCAACAACCUGAAGGAGAGGUUGGCCAUCGAACUGUUUCGCCGUCAGACAUCACGGAGCUCCUCGCCCCCCGACCUGAGGCUCGCUGCAGGCACCACAGCCUCUGAGAGAGACCCCCGCUCGGUGAAGAGCGACGACGACAUCCAGACCACUCUGACCAACACUAAAAAGGGUGAAGAAGAAGAGAGGACACAGCACGAUGACUCUAAUGAGCUGUCGGACGGAGACUUAGAGGUGGACUGUCUGACGGAGGAGGAGGUGAACCCGCUGGACGGCAGCAGCACCUCGGGGAGCUCCACAGCCACCAGCAACACUGAGGAGAAUGACAUAGAUGAGGAGACCAUGUCGGGAGAGAAUGAUGUAGACUUCAUUGGGAACCUGGAGACAGAAGAAGGAGAGCUUCCUGAUGACUUGGCUGGAGCCACAGGUGGAUCCAGUUCCAGUGUGCGUUCCUUACACCGCAGUGCUGCUGCCAGUCGCAGUGCCAGUGGUAGCGGAGUUGGUGCUGCUGGUGCUGUUGGUCCAGGCAGCAGCAGCCUCCUGGAGAUCGACCCCGUCAUCCUGAUCCAGCUGCUGGAUCUGAAAGAGCGCAGCAGCGUGGAGUCUCUGUGGGGCCUCCAGCCUCGGCCUCCUGUGUCUCUGCUGCACAGCCAAGCUCAUCCUCACUCCAGGAAAGACCGAGAGCGGCGGCCUCAGGUGGUGCGUCGAUCGGCUCCAGACUCGGGGGUCCUGAUCCGCCUCAAGGCUCAGAUGGCUGAGGUUCGCAGCAAGAUGUCUGAUGUCAAGAGUCAAGUGCUGGAGGCUCGGGGGACUGGAGAGCCCAGGCCUGGGCCCUCGGGGGGCUUCAGUGUGGAGGAGGUGCCCUCUCACCACGCUGACUCAGAGUUGACAGCUUGUCGUAAGCCCGGUGAGCUGGACCUGCUGGGGAGAGCAGCCGCAGCUCGGUCCAGGCCCUGCCGCCCUGCCAGGAAAUCUCUGUCUCCUGUCCUGGACAGCAGCAGCAGCAGCUCUCUGGUGGUGAAGAGGAGGAGUCCAGAGGAGAUGGAGAAGGACUUAAGAGGAGCCGAUGUGGCCACAGAGCUCAGCCUGCAUCUUAAAGAGGUGCUGGGAGGUGCAGAAGGAGUACCGAAGGCUGACAGCACCCAGGGCCCUCUUGUGUCUCUCGGCAGCUCCUCGUCAGAGCAGCCCUCCACCUCCAAGCAGCAGUACUUGUCGGAGCAGCAGCUGUACGGGCCCUCGGGGUCCAGGGACGACAUCUUCUCCUUGGGAGGACCAAGCUACAUGACUGCCAGCAAAAACUGCGGCAGUAGGACCCUGGGGGCGGCCAUGUUGGAGUGUGAAUCUGAAAACUCAGGAAACUCCCAUCAUUCCCUACUGGAGGGACCCUCUGCACAGCCACAGUCAAAUGAGGAUCAGUCGCCGUCUGUCCUGGUGGCAGCAACAAGCAGUGACAGUGAUACUGAGGACGAGGCUCUGCAGAGCAACAACUCUCACUAUGACAACCAGACUCCUCCCUGCACAGGAGAGCAGCUUCUGUCUGAUGACAUGAGUCUGCCUGCUGACAGGUGAUUCCCUCUGAAACCCACUGCUUUAUCCUGAAAUGGCCACACGGCGAUGCAAUAAUGUCCCGGAGACGACACACACAUCGCUCGUUACACACAUCUAUAGAGUAGAAACUGCUCGUUAUGCAUGAAGCCGAAAUGAAGACGAUGCAAAGACUCGCCUGCUUGUCCAGAAACAGAUUUCUCUUUGUGUCUUGAAUAUUUUCAGAUUUGGAAACACUGGUAAUGACGGCCAGUAAUUGGGGUGGUUGUGGUGGUGGGUGACCACGUAACAUGAGUGUCAUUAAUUUUAUGUGAACACAGUGGAGCUGUAAGAACUAAAACUGGGCUUUCACCAUAUUUUUUGACCUCGUGUUUUAACCCUGAUGCGUUUCUUGGUCGUCAUUUUAAAGGGAUAAAUGUACUUUCAGUUCUUUCAUGGUCAGUUUAGUAAACACUUGAGAGGAAAACACGACAGCCACAGCUGUUUGUGCACUGACUGAAUCUCUAAAAAUCUUUAUGGCAUAAAAACUGUUGAUGUACUUUUAUUUUGCAAACCUGAACCAUCACAUUUUACCUGAGCUACAGGGCAUUUAGUCACUUUACUUCACUUUAUUCAGCACAAGCCUGCACACCUUCUCCGUGUAUAAAUGCUUUUGUAAAUCAAGUCUACAAGAUAUUUGCAGGAGCCUGAGGAGAAACUGUACAUAAUCUGCAGCCUGUCAUAAGAGCUUAGUGUUUUAUAACGGCUUGCUGUUGAUGUUUAGUUCAGCCUGUCUGAGCUUUAGUCUCCACACCUACUCGACUUCCUUCACCCGUGUCCCUGCACCUCCGAGCGUCGGUGCCAAACAGACUUUAUUCACUCCUCAAACACUGACUUCUAGUGACACCGCAGCUUUUUAUUUUCCUGAGGUGAACCUCGUUUAGAGCUCGUUUCUGGUAAUUUAUGUAAAUGUCUCUUAAUAACAGCGGCAGCAGCAACCACCAUGUCUGUCUUUUUGUGACAUUUGCAAAGGUUGAAUGAUCACUGAAUCACACGGCUUAUGAAACUGCUGCCGCUGCUCUGAUGAUGUCUGUGGGCUGAAACUUUGAAACAUGCUGCAGAUCUGACUCCGUAACAACGACAGCAACGGCUGCUCGGACAUCACUGACUAAAGUGGAGCAUGCUCCAUGGCUUCCACCCACAGAGAGCUGCCUCACUACAGUUUAUACACAACUUACAAUGCAGCCAUUGUUUUCAUUUAAAGGAGCAGUUUGACAUUUUUGGGAAAUAUCUGCUUUCUGUUGGAGAGUUUGAUGAGAAUUCAGUUGCUUAGCUUAGCUUAGCAUAAAGACUGCUAUCAAAGAGUAGUACUCUCUUCAGUUGGAAACGUAGAGAUAAGUUGCACCUCAGUCAGUGACGCCAAAACAGCCAUCAAACAAAGUACCUGAAAUUUAACAGCUGACAUUUUGACUUGUCGUUGCAGGAAAAUCACAGGCGUUACUAAUAACAUUAAUGAUGCCUCUGUUCUAUUGAAGUGUCCACUAUGGACGCUAUGAGUCCCGUCUUCAUCCCUCCUUCGCAGUUUUACACAGAACCAAAUAAUGGCGGCAUUGUGUCGCUCCAGGGUGUGAUUUUAAGAGAGCAUGCCGGCAUCAUGGAAUCUAAAGAGGUGUGACAUGUAACAACAACGCUGGCCUCUAGUGUGACAUAUAUUAUAAAUGUCAGCAGCGUUUUAUACAUGAUAACAGUGACACAACAUGGCAGUAACAAUUAUCUACCGUCUGUUAUAUGGCGGCUUAUCUUGUCUUCUGCUCGGAGGGUAAGGAGCUCCUGGACCUCAUUGUUGGAAAUUUUUGGAUGCUGCUAGUCUUAUUUGAAUUAGCUGCUAACUGCUACUGCCACUUUUUAAAUCUCCCACAGUGGGUUGAACACGUCAUCAAAAUGUCACACCUCUGCUGCCCAUGAUCUUGCCCUGCUAGCUGACAUCAGACAUUGUUUCAGUGCUGUUAAUACUUCCAAUGCUGGCUUAAAGGCAACACAACUCUGCUACCGCUACUUUUUAAAUCUCCCACAGUGGGUUGAACAUGUCAUCAAAACGUCACACCUCUGCUGCCCAUGAUCUUGCCCUGCUAGCUGACAUCAGACAUUGUUUCAGUGCUGUUAAUACUUAACGAUGCCAGCUUAAAGGCAACAUAACUCUGACCCCCCCACACCCCUCCCCUCGCCGCAUUCUGUGGUUGUACCUUUUAUACAGAACGGCAAAUCAGUAUUACGGUGUGACAUUCCCUCCUUGAAGAGGCAGUGUGAAAGGGGCUGGUGUGACACUGAUGCAGCUAAAUGGAACUCAGCCAUCAUUAAUGUUAUUACACACACCUGUGCUUUUCUUGCUGUGAUAAGUCAACAUGUCCAAUAUCUGGUUUGUAUUUAGUGCUAAAAACAGAGCAAAGCCAUCUUUUUAAAGGGAUAGUUCACCCAAAUGACUUCCCUGUGGUGGUAUCUAUCGAUGCAGAUAGUUUUUAUUUGUCCAGGUUUGGAGAUUUCUGCCUCCACACCAGUACAGCAGAGAUGAAUGUUGGAUUUAAAUGAUUGGUUUCAUUAUUGAUGAUUAAUAUACUAAUUAUUUUGUCAUUUAGUUGUAAGGAGUGAUUUUUCUCAUUAAUAUUCUCAAAUAUCGUCUUUUGUCUGAUCAACUGUCCAUAACACAGUUAUUCAAUUAACUGUAAUAGAAAAGUUUGAAUAUAUUCACAUUUCAGAAACUGGAUUUGGACAUUUUUUGCCUUUAAAAAAAAGAUUUUAUUGUCAAUAUCCGUUUGGAGAUACUUGGGACCCUCUUCAAUAUUUCCACUAGUAAAACUUGUUGACAGUGUGUCUGUGGAUUGCCCAAAGUAGCAGUGUCAUUGUGACAUUGUGGGAUGUUUUUUGUUGUGGGAGUACCACAAAUUAAAUUUAGUCUGGCUUUAUUGUGUUGGUGAGGAGGCAGAAAUUUCAAAGACAAAUAUCUCCAAACUUUCACAAAUGAAAGUAAAAACAUCUGCAGAGUUAUAAACCACAAGACGUCCGAUUGAAAAUGUUUUGUGUUAAUUGGGCGAACAGACUUCAGGUUGAAACUGUGGUGCACUGAAGGUCCUUUUUUGUAAUUCUCAGAGAACUUGACAGCAAAGGUUUAAAAAUCUGUGUAGUUAUGUAAUGUGUGCUUUGUGCUGCACUGAUGGCUCACUGCUUCACUGGCUUUUCUUCAUGGAUAUAUUAUUUUUCACCUCAGUACUCCCAGCAAACACAGCAAACACAUGUUAGAUGCUGCUGCAAAGCUGGGAGAAAACACAGUGUUUAAGUGGAACAGCGUCACACUGACUCGCUGUGUCACAUUGUAGAACAGAAGUAUGACAUGUCAGCAGUUUAUCAGACCUUUCUACACUUUGUGAGACUGUUGAUUGACUAAGAUCGACAGUGAACCCUCGAUCCACAUUUUAUUUUCAAGGUCACUUAAAGGGUAAGUUAAGUGUUUUUCAACCUUGAACCUAUUUCCCCAUGUUUUUGUGUUUGAGUAACAAAUGGGCACAACAAUAUUUGAAAUAAAUUCACUAUGGAGCAAGGGAAACAGGCUGCAAUUUAACAUUAAGGGGCAAUUGUGCACCGUCAGUUUAUGUCCAUGAAAACUCUUUGUUUUUGUCACUGACAUGCUCAGAUAGUAAUUCUAAAUCCCUGUUUCCACCAAAAUACUUUUGGUCUAGUACCUUUGUAACUAACAGUAACGCUCAGAUAGUCCUCUUAAAUGUGGUGCUCCAUCCAGCACUCGCUGUAUUUCCUCAUCAGUGGUGACACAGAUGGAAGUCUGCACCUGGUUUAUCGUCCACAGAACGAGGCUGCACGCCAACAUUUUCAGAACAAAAUAGAACAGGCUGCAUUGAGAGUCUCUCCAUGGGAUAUUUAAAAAUAGCAGCUUUGUGCAUUUAGUCCUUCUCAGGCAAGCUCAGGGGUUUAGUGUUGCUGGAGCCCACAGGAAUGACGCUCUGUGAUGCUUUCUUUUUUUCUCCGGUUAAGAAUUAGAAUAUUACAAGCAAAGGGCUGGUGUGUUUCCCCUCAUCACCUCUGUUUGCUGCAUGUUACACACAUUUCUCCCACUGCUGGGGAGACCGAAGCAAACACUGCCAACCAAGUCGCCUCGCAGCCCCCCUCCUCUCUAUGUCUCGUUUUCCAUCCCUCUCUCGGGCGCGUUCUGUCUUUCCCCUGGUUCCCCUGUUUGCUCCCUUGUUCCUGUUACAUCACUUCUUUCUCUCUCAGUCGCAGUCCUCCCCUCUUUCACUCAUUGUUCAGUCCAUUAAAACUCCUGCCGUUUAUGCACAAGAACUGCCAGUUUCAUAAAAAAAAAAAAAACACAUUAAAUGGCGAGAAUUUAACCCAAUUCAGGUUUAGGGGAAUUGUGAGAAAUUACAACCCAGCCCUAUUCAGAGAUAGACCUUUUUGUUAAAGAGUAAGAUCCCUGUUUUUAAUUAUUUAACCAUAAACAGCCCCAAAAUCACCACCACCAAACCCACCAGACUACAUUUAAAUAAUAAGAAUUUUAUCAUCAUAAGACACAGUUGAUUCACAGUCAACUAAAACAAAAUAAAACUCAAAGAAACCAUCUUGGUUCAUCUUUCCACUGUUCCAACUAUCUCCAACUCUGGUUUGGUUGAAAUUAACCCUUAAUUCACCCAGUUAGAUGUGAAAACAUGUUGCCUCUAUACACACUAAAAUUACUGUUUACUGAAAUGGAGUCUGGUGGGUUUGGUGAUGGUGAUUUCUGGGAUGUUUCUGGUGAACAAAAAGGAUCUUAGCCUUAAACAAAAAGCUCUAUCACUGUAGGGAUCAUUUCCAUAAUGUUGUCAGACACUUAGAAUAACAAUCUGAGCCUGUCAGUGACAAAAACACUUUAAUUGGAGGAACAUUGACGGCGCAAACAUGCCCAGAGUAGUUACACUGCUGCUGGCUGCAGGGAUCUCGCUCAAUACUGGACAAGUGUUAAAAACUGUCAUUUCCAUUUGUCACUUAAACACAGAAACAUAGGAAAAUAGGAUCCAGGUCAAAAAACAGUGAACGUACCCUUUAAAGUUUGCAUCAAAGAAAUUACAUUGCACAUUUCUGUAGUCAUUAGUUUACGUUGUAAAUAUCUUAAAGUGUACUCAGUUGCGGAACUCGCUGUACGUGUGCCUGAAAGUGCAUGACUUUACUGGCUGGACCGAAGGAGGAAAAACGUCUUGUUCGCAUUCAUGACAAGACAAACAGAAAUUGUUCACUAGAAUGAAGUCGAUGUUAAGAUGUGUUCACCUCUAAAACUCCAGUCCUGUUAAUCAUGUAAUUUUUGUUCCUGUUGCGUUACACAUUGUACAUGAUGGAGGCUCUCACCGUUUAUUAACCUUCUCUCUUAUUUGUGCUUGUUGUGUCAACAGCUGCUUUAUUAUUUUGAAUGUUCCCAGAAUGCACUGUGCAUUAUUUGAUGUGUACAUUUCCUUAUUGUGUAAUAAAUAAAAUGUUUUACGAU